CCCUACCUACUAUAUUAUGAAGUCGUCAUUUUACCCUGUAAUAUAAAAUCUCCACAGUAUAUUCCCCAUCAAAAGUUCAUUUGGUACUGUACAAACAUCCAUUAAACCCUUAACCUGUUUUUGAAAUACAAAAUACUCAAACAAACCACACACACACAAUCAAAAAUGGCCAAGAAGCGGAACAGGGGAGCGGCACAACAUCAACAACGGCAGAAAACCCCUAAUAUUGAUGAAUCCACUCGUUUGCGAAUUCGUCAAUGCCUAAACGAAUUCCGUGACAACGACGAUCAAGUAUUGACAAUUGAAGAUGACUUAUCGAAGAAUGAACGUGCUGUGGUACAUGAAGUAUGCAGGAAAAUGGGUAUGCGUUCUAAGAGUUCCGGGUACGGGAGUGCGCGGCGUGUCUCUGUUUACAAAACUGCAAAUACAAAGGGCACCAAGAAGGGGAAAAAAACUCUAACAAAUUUGAGGAUUUCAGAAAAAUCAAAGUUAGUCUUGCACGAAUUAUUUGCAUACUACCCUCCUGAGGAUGAAGAGCUUGUUGCAAAAGUGGCGGGAAAUUAUAAAGAGAAGAAUAAAAAAAUACGAGUGAAGAGAGAUGAUUUCUUUAAGCUGCCUUUGAUGUCCAAAGCAUUUAUCUCUAAGAAAGUAAAAGAACUAAAUUCUAGAUUACAAAAUGACACAAAUUUAAAACAGAUUGUUGAAGGAAAAUCGAAGCUUCCAAUUGCAUCUUUUAGGGAUGUUAUUACAUCCACCGUAGAAUCUCACCAGGUUGUUCUUAUUUCUGGAGAAACCGGAUGUGGAAAGACUACACAGGUUCCUCAAUAUCUCUUGGAUUACAAGUGGGGAAAAUGUGAGGCCUGUAAAAUAGUUUGCACGCAACCUCGUCGUAUCUCUGCAACAUCAGUUGCUGAGAGAAUCUCGUAUGAAAGGGGACAAAAUGUCGGAGACGAUAUUGGGUACAAGAUUCGAUUAGAAACUCAAGGUGGAAGAGACUCAUCAAUUGUCUUCUGCACAAAUGGGGUUCUGCUACGGCUGCUUGUUUCAAGGGGUGCUAGAAUUUCAAAAGGGGAGCCUCCUAAUGAGACCGAGAGAGAUGAAGUUCUUAAUAUAACUCACAUUAUUGUGGAUGAAAUUCAUGAAAGGGACUGCUACUCAGAUUUCAUCUUGGCAAUCGUCAGAGACAUACUUCCUUUAUAUCCUCAUCUUCGGCUGAUAUUGAUGAGUGCCACACUUGAUGCUGAACGAUUUGCACAAUAUUUUGGGGGCUGCCCAAUUAUCACCGUUCCUGGUUUCACAUAUCCUGUCAAAAGUUUUUACUUAGAAGAUGUACUUUCCAUCCUAAAUUCUGAAGAUAGUAAUCAUGUUAAUUCUGCAACGUCAAGCGUCCCAAGUAAAGACCAUGUGCUAAUGGGAGAAGAGAAUUCUGAUUUAGAUGAAGCUAUCAAAUUAGCUUGGACACAUGAUGAAUUUGAUCCCCUCUUGGAUUUCCUUUUUUCUAAAGGAACCCCUGAGGUUUACAAUUACCAAGAUUCAGUUACUGGCUUAACACCAUUAAUGGUCCUUGCUGGAAAGGGAAGAGUAAAUGAAGUAUGCAUGCUUCUGUCCUUAAGUGCGAACUGUCAUUUACAAGACAAGGAUGGUCAAACAGCACUAGAAUGGGCUAAACGAGAAAACCAGCUUGAAGUUGCUGACAUAAUAAAUAAACAUAUUAAAAUUUCUCAGACCGACUCUCGAGAACAACAUCAUUUACUCGAUAAAUAUCUAGCAACAAUCAAUCCCGACCUUGUUGAUGUUGUUCUUAUCGAGCGGUUGUUGAGGAAAAUUUGUAUUGAUUCAAAGGAUGGUGCUAUCCUUGUUUUCCUUCCUGGCUGGGAUGAAAUAAACAAGACUCGAGAAAGAUUACUUGCGAACCCCUUUUUCAAAGAUUCUUCAAAGUUUUUGAUUAUCUCUCUCCAUUCUAUGGUUCCUUCUAUGGAGCAAAAGAAAGUUUUUAAACGCCCGCCGUUCGGUUGCCGGAAAAUCAUUCUGUCAACUAAUAUUGCUGAAACUUCCAUUACAAUUGACGAUGUUAUCUAUGUCAUUGAUAGUGGUCGAAUGAAAGAAAAAAGUUAUGACCCUUAUAACAAUGUAUCAACUCUUCAAUCGUCCUGGAUCUCCAAAGCAAGUUCAAAGCAGCGCGAGGGACGUGCAGGUCGGUGUCAGCCUGGGAUGUGUUAUCAUUUUUAUUCUAAAGAUCGAGCAGCUUCUAUGCCAGAUUUCCAAGUUCCUGAAAUCAAGAGAAUGCCCAUUGAAGAACUUUGUUUGCAACUGAAGAUGCUUGAUUCAAAUUGCAAAAUAGAAGAUUUCUUACAGAAGACACUGGACCCUCCUGUUCCUGAAACCAUACAUAAUGCUAUUACUGUUCUCCAAGAAAUUGGGGCUUUAUCAAUAGAUGAAGAAUUGACAGAACUAGGAGAAAAGCUGGGUUGCCUCCCUGUACAUCCAUUGAUAAGCAAGAUGAUUUUCUUUGCUAUUUUGAUGAAUUGCCUAGAUCCAGCUUUGACAAUGGCUUGUGUCUCUGACUACAGAGAUCCAUUUACCUUGCCUAUGUUGCUUACUGAUAAAAAGAAAGCUGAUAAUGCUAGGGUAGAGCUUGCUUCACUGUAUGGUGGGAAUAGUGAUCAGUUAGCAGUUAUAGCAGCCUUUGAAUGCUGGAGGACUGCUAAAGAAAGGGGUCAACAAGCACGGCUUUGUUCUCAGUACUUUAUCUCUUCAAGCACCAUGCGUAUGCUGCAGGGUAUGCGUAAGCAGCUUCUAUCCGAACUUACUCGGCACGGAUUCCUUCAGGAAGACACAUCUUGUUAUAAUCUGAAUGCACAUGACCCUGGAAUUCUCCAUUCUAUGCUUGUUGCUGGUUUGUAUCCUAUGGUGGGGAGACUCCUUCCACCUAAAUCUGGAAAGCGUGCUGUUGUGGAGACAGCCACUGGUGCCAAAGUUCGGUUGCACCCUCAUUCCCUCAAUUUUAAGUUGUCGUUUAAGAAAACUGACAGUCUCUGUCCUUUGAUCAUUUUUGAUGAAGUAACCCGUGGUGAUGGUGGUAUGCACAUUAAGAACUGUACUGUUGUUGGUCCGCUCGCCUUGUUACUGAUUGCAACAGAGAUCGUUGUUGCCCCUUCAGAAGACUCGACUGAACAAAGACAUGAGGUGGGUAAUAACCACCAUGGAAGUGAUGUCGCAGUUGAAGAUGCAAGUCAUGAAGAUAAGAUGGAAAUUGAUGACAAGUUGGAUAUAAACAGUGAUGAGAAAAUUAUGUCAUCUCCUGAUAAUUCAGUUACUGUGGUUGCGGAUCGGUGGCUUUAUUUUGCAUCAACAGCCCUUGAAGUUGCUCAAAUUUACUGCUUGAGAGAGCGAUUAGCAGCAGCUAUUUUAUUCAAAGUAGUGAAUCCUCGGCAAGCGCUUCCUCCUACCCUUGGGGCCUCGAUGCAUGCAAUCGCUUCUCUUCUGUCCAACGAUGGACAAUCUGGGAUAACAUUACCUUCAGAUCCCGUGGAUUCAUUGGCAUCAUUGGUACAUGCGACUGGGAUUGACAACACUACUCCUAGGUUCGACGGGACGUGCCAUCCUAGUGCUUUUCUUAGAUCUCUGAUGCCCUACACCAGUGAUCCUCCCGCUGCUCCCCAUCGUCCUGCUGCUCCCCAUCGUCCUGCUGCUCCCGUUCGCAACAAACCUAAGUUUCCUGUAUCAAGAGGAAAUUUUAAUAGAAAAGCACCACCAGCUGUUCGUGCACCACCGGUUGGUUCAUUAGGCACGAUCCCACAUUAAAGACGUCCAUUGCAAGGUCACGCAUUAGGUACAUUUUGACAGUCUGCUGGGGAUUCUUCCAGAAAGCAAUGACAGGCCAAUUUGUGGUUCUGUAUGCAUGAAACAUCCAGCUCUUACUAGAUUGAGAACAGAAUGGCAUUUUAUAGAUCACCUCAAGCUUUGCAUAGUUGGUUUUUUCCUCCAAAUUCAAAAUGCCAAAUUAUUAGGAUUAUCUUGUUGAGAUGGAAAAUGUGUGUACCACAGAAGUAUGGUUAGAAAUCUGGCAAUUAAAUUCGACACAUAAUUAUGUCUUUA